AAGAGACAAAAAUUAUAACUUAGUGUAGAGAAAAAAAAUUGCUCUCGGUGCGGUGCUCUGCCCACGUAACAAAAGGAAAAACGCUGUUCGACACAAAAAUUGCUACAAAAAUGAGCAAUAACAUAAACAUCAACAGCAUGCUGAGGCCCAGCCUGGACUCCGAGGAGGAGGAGGAGGAUGACAUUGGCCAAAUGAGCGACGGGAGCAGCAGCAGCUCCGGCGCCAGCAGCAAUCGGAGCAGCAGUAGUUCUAGUUCCUCUGCACCCGGUUCACUGCCCGAGGACGACGUCGAUGUCGAGGAUGAGGAUAUCUCCGAUCAGGAUGCGAUCACCGAAUCCGAGACGGAGGACGACACCACCACUUGCCAAUCGGAUGAACUGGAGCUGGCGCAGCUAAGUAAACGCGACACCUUUCGCCUGCCGCGGGGUCUCUGCGAGAAUUCCGCCAUCUUUCAUGAGUUCUUCUCGAUGGAGACAUGGCAACUACUGCCGCAGCAUGUCCAGGCGCGGCUGCAGUCCCUGCUGCCCGAUUUCACGGGUCUGGUGUCUGCACCGCAGGCGGGGGCCGAGCAGCAGCGUACGCUCGUUCAGUUGUUUAAUGGUGGCCUUCAGCGGUUCGGCCAGUCGCCGCUGCUGCAGCUGCAGCGGCAGCUGGAGGAUGGUAACCUCCGGCCGGAUGUCCUUAAGCUACGUCGCAGCAUCCAGCACUCUAGUCGGCGCGAAUUCCGCUUCCAGCAGGCCGAACGUCUCAGCCAAUUGGCCAAAGAGCUCUUCCUCUCCCGCGAGCACAUGCUCAAGCUGGCGUAUACCUCGUCGCCGCCGGAUGAGUCUGCCGCUGCCGCCAAGUCGGUGAUGCCACGGCCGCGCAAGCGAAAACCCCCAGCGCUCUCGAUGGAGAACAAAAUGUGCUCGCAACGGGCCAAGAAGCGGUAUGUCCAGGAGCUCCUGGAGGUCAUCCAAGAGCUCAAGGUGCCCCCGGGUGAGAUCAGUGCCGAGGAGGAGGACGAGGAGUGUGCGGAUCUAAUGAAGCGUCUGCCCAAAAUGGAGGCGGAGCCCAAGGUGGAGGCGACCGCCGUGAGGUCCUCGAAUGCGGCGGACAAGAAAAGCAUUUACAACACCUUCUUCAAGCGUCGCCCUGGGGUGGAUGAUGAGCAGGUCCUGCGCUCCAUGCAGGCCGGCAGGAUCCCGCAGUUGAAUGAUAAGAAUUUCAAAAAGUAUCUGCGGGACUACAAGCGACGGAAAGUGGAGCAACCGGAAAACCCCGAAUUCGAUACAUCGGAGGUGCGUUUGAGGGAUAUCUGCACGCGGGCACAGUUUGUGGGCAGCUUCAAGCCGGGACGCAAGCCAAAGGCAUUGCUGGCGCGCCUCAAUCCCGAUCCACCCGCUCUGGUGCGCAUUGGGGUGGUCAAAAACGAGCCCGAGGAGGAUAUCUUCAUCAAAGAAGAGACGCAGCAGCAGCAGAAGCAGAAGCACCAUUUGCAGCAACAGCAGGAUCAUGUGCCCAAGGAGCCAAUGCCAAAGAAAAUGCCACCACAAAUAGGAGCGGCGGCGACUGCUGCUGCUCCGGUGCCCGCAUUGAUCCCCAAGCUGGAGCCCAUAAGUGUGCCAACACCAGCCUCAACCAUAAUUUCCAAUCUUUCAACCAAUUCCCCAACCAAUCCUCCUCUAAAGGCGGCUGCCCACAUCGUAGGCAGUCCCCCCGCCCGAGGAGGGGAAGUGAUUCGAACUGCGGCAUCGCCUCGACCUGCCUGCUACUUCUCUCUGCUGCGAGAUCUGUUCGUUUCCACGCCACAGCAUCGUUUGACCUACGGAGAGCUGCAGAUUCUGUUGGCCACCUGGCGGGAGAAACAUUCCGAUGCUGUCAUCCCCACGGGCGAUGUGGCCCGAAUCCAGCAGCCCGAUUGGUCGUCGCUGCUGCAGUCCGCAGUCAACUUUCUGGCGGCCGAUGUUGGCCCACUGCCGGCGGAAUAUGUGCCCUACAUAGAGCACAAGACCAUGUUGAAUAUCUACCAGUGGAUUGGCGCUGGCAGGGACUCCGAUGCGCGACUGUGCACCCUCUGCCAGUACUGGCUGAAGACCCAAAAGGAGGAGCAAUCCGUAGCCACAACGGUGCAUCUGAAUCCCAGCCCGGGGACCAUGUUUAUUGCAACAGUACCCACGUCCAUGCACGUGGAUGCAUCACCGACGCCGCCGCCACGGUGCCCCACCACCUGGACGGUGCGCACGGCCAGCCAGGCGGACAUCCUGGAGUUCCAGCGGCAGGAGAGGCUACGCUUCGAGUAUCCCCAUCGACCGUUUACGUAUCGCCUGAACGGCUACGAGAGCGUGGUGGGUCCCGUCAAGGGCAUCUACACCCAGAGCUUGCCCCUAAAUAAGGCCCGAGGACAUGCCGUGAUGGUGGACGAUCGACCGCCGUUCGUGACCAUUCUGACGCUGGUAAGGGACGCCACGGCCCGGCUGCCCAAUGGCGAGGGUACACGCUCGGAAAUCUCAGAGCUGCUGAAGUGCUCGCAGUUCGUGAAUCAUCAGGCGGCGGAGAACGUCCUGCAGACGAUUGUCAGCGGUGCGCUGGAUCGAAUGCACGGCGGGAUCGAUCCCUGUGUGAAGUACGAUGCCAAGCGCAAGAUCUGGAUCUACUUGCAUCGCAAUCGCAGCGAGGAGGAGUUCGAACGGAUGCACAAGCUGAACAUGUCGCUGGUGAAGCAGAAACAGCAGCAAAAGAAGAACCUGGCCAAGCCAAAGAAGGAGGAUGGCGAAAGCUCUAUGGAAAUGCUGGAUAUGCCAGCAUUGGUAGCCUCUGCGGGCAAUCCCACUCCUGCUGCUGGCGUUUCUGUAUCCCCUGCAGCUGCUGGGCCUCUCCUGCAAGUGAAGAAGCUUCCUCCGCUCCCUGUCAAGUGCCCCCCCGUGCCGCCUCUCAAGUACAACAUACCACCUGCCAACAACAUCAACAACAACACCAGCACAACAGCCCAGCACUCGCCCACUGCUAAUACCACGCCCAUCCCGUCGCCGACAAUGCAGAAAUCCCUGCUCAAGCCCGUGCCCAUGGGUGCAGUGCAUCGACCCGUGGCUGUGGGGACCCCAAAGGCGGGUAAUUUUUCUAUAUCCAAGAUCAGUCCCCAAAGGAACACCACACCCAUACUGGUAUCGACACCCAGUGGCAUGCAGACGGUUCAUGUGGCCACCACGCCCACUUCUACCCAAGGAUCAUCGACCGCGGCGGCUGUUAACAAAAAGCUGAUGAUCAAAAAGACACCGACAACGAGCAAAAUAGGGAACUUUAUCAUACCAUUGGACCAGCAGCAGCAGCAACAGCAGCAGCAACACUCGCCACAGCAGCAGCAGCAUCCUCAAGUGCUGGGCAAACCCAAGUCCAUGACAAUAAGUCCACGCCCGCAGAUGCCCAAGAAUAUUAUACGAUUGCUGCCCGCUGGUGCGGCAGCCACAGGCCACACAAAGCCACCGCAAGUGCAGAUACUGGGUCCACGCGUUGUACCCCAAUCGACAGUGCGUCCGGUGCAGCAAAAGAUUGGCGCCGUCUCCAUAAUAUCCAAUAAAUCAGUGGCAACAUCAACGGAGACCAGCACUUCACCCAUAACCAUUGCAACGAGCAGUAGCACGGCCGUAAGUGCCGUCACUGGAGGAGGAACCAUCGUAAAGAUGUCGCCCCAGGCUUUUGCAACGCUGCAGCAACAGCAACUGAAGCAGAAGGCGAUGGGUGGCACGGCAAAGAUUGCAUCGCCAGUGCAGAGUACGCCACAGCAAAGGAUAUUAGUGGGAAAUACAGCCAUUUCGUCGAACAAAAAGAUUGUUUUCCAAGCAGUGGCCAAGACCUCACCCAAAAUACUCACCACAACGGCCACCAUUGGAGGAACGGUGGCUGUCAAGGGUAAUCUGUCGUCGCCACAGCAAAGGAUUGUGCUGCAGAACUUCAAGCAAGCGGCUGCAGGAGGUGCCGCAACGGUGGUCAGCACCUCGAAUGCCACGCGUGUGAUACGGACAACAACGCCCGUGAGCACAGCAGCGGGCGGAGCGAGUGGCAGCCCCACCACUCAGGGUGGGCAGAUCAUUACGCUGGACAGUCUGCUGCAAAAGCAGCAGCAACAGCAGCAGCAGAGUGGAGGAAAACUCCUCACGACUGGCAGCAACAUCAUCCAGUUGGCAACCUCCUCGUCGGGCAAUGUCAUCACCCUGACGCCCAAUCAAAGCCAAGCAACGCAGCCCAUCCAAGUGCAGGCCAAGCAUCUGCCGACGAUGGCGCGCAUUGUGAGUGCAACGGGCGGAGGGGGACCCACGAUGGUGCCCAAGAUCAUUGGCAAGACGACAGUGCUGUCGGGCAAGCCACUGCUGCUGCAUGCCAAGGCAAUCAAGCAGCUAGGAGGCGGUAGUGUUGUGACCACUCAACCCACAGCUACAACGACAACAGCGGGAACAAAUGCUGUGCGUACGACACAGAGCAUUGUGAUUGGCGGGCAGACGGUGAAGAUCCAAGGAGCGAUUCCCGCACGUCCCGGUGGGGCACCCAUGCAGACCGUGAUCAUGGGCAACCAAUUGCUUCGCUUGGCGCCCACCACCAGUGGCAGCGGCAGCAGCAGCAGCAGCACCAGCACCACCACCAACAACCACCUCACCACAGUGGCAUCCAGUGGCAUAGCGACUGCACCAAAGACCCUGCUGAUUGGGGCUGGCGGCACACAGACCCUGCGUCUGGCCAAGAACGUCCUGUUGGCCAACAAGCAGGGCACUUCGAAUAACACGGGGAGCAGCAAUGCCACAGGAGGAGCCACAGCUGGCAAUAAUCUCGUCUUUGCCGUGCAAGGCAAUGGCGGACAGUUGUUCUUCUCGCAGGGAUUGCAGGGCAUGAACCUCAAGCCGUUGUCCAACAUGAAGGUGAUACCCAUGGUGACGGCCGCAGGAGCUGCUGCUGCCGCUGGUGGCAAGAUCACUGUGACGACGACGGCCGGGGGAGAGGCUAAGAAACUAAUGCCGGCAACGGUCCUGAAGACGGCGGCCAGUGGGAAUGGUAAUUAGCAGGACGACUAGGAGUGCAGUGCGGAGUGGCAGUCCCAGUGGGAGAGGCUUGUUAAUCAUGUUGUUUACCUUCUUCUUGGGGUUACAUUUUUCUUUGAUUUACUUUAAACACAUCGUGUAAUUUAUAAUUCUAAUUUUAGGCAAAAAGUUCUUGCAAAUAAUUAAUGCUUAGAGUGUCGGUCGCUUCGCGUAUGGCAGCGGCCGGCACACACCACAUAGAAACCCCCCAAUAAAACUCAAACUGAAUCAAAAGAAGAGCACA